CAAAUUAGUACACAACUGUACUAACCCAAAUCACCCAAUCAAUCAAAUCAAGACUCACUCUUAAACCACAUCGGGUGACAUUCGAUUUUCCAGACCUUAAUUUCUUCUUUACAACAAGCAUCAAGAAGAUGACCGAGGUUGCUUCAAAUCAUCAACCAGGAAAUUUAUUGGAUUUGGGAGCUUUUGUUGGUGAAUUGACUGUUGAAGACGAUCUACCCAGUGAUGAUAUCUCACUGGAGGGACUAGAGCAAGAACUUCAAGAUUGUAAAACUGAUGAUGUAGUUGCUACUAUACUGUCCAAAGGUACAAAAUUGCGGGAUUACACCAAGGAUGUCGAGAACAAUCUGAGGCAAAUUGAGCUGGAUUCCAUUGAGGAUUACAUCAAAGAAAGUGACAAUCUAGUCUCACUUCAUGAUCAAAUUCAUGAUUGUGACACCAUUCUCUCGCAAAUGGAAAAUAUUCUCAGUGGAUUUCAGGCCGAGAUAGGUUCAAUAAGUUCAGAUAUAAAGAUCCUUCAAGAAAAAUCUAUGGAUAUGGGGCUCAAGCUGAAAAAUCGCAAGGCAGCAGAAUCAAAAUUAGCCAAGUUUGUUGAGGACAUUAUUGUCCCACCAAGAAUGAUAGACAUAGUAGUCGAUGGAGAGGUGAGUGAAGAAUACAUGAGAACCCUUGAGAUUCUUAGUAAGAAACUGAAGUUCGUUCAUGUCGAUGCCAUGUUGAAGACUUCCAAAGCUCUAAAUGAUGUUCAGCCUGAAUUAGAAAAGCUUCGCCAAAAAGCAGUUUCAAAGGUAUUUGAUUUCAUGGUUCAGAAACUUAAUGCUUUGAGGAAACCUAAGACAAACGUUCAGAUCCUUCAACAAAGUAUUCUUCUGAAAUACAAAUAUGUGAUUCAGUUUCUUAAGGAACAUGGAAAAGACGUACAUGUUGAUGUUCGUGCUGCAUAUAUUGAUACCAUGAAUAAGGUUUUAAGUACAAAAAUCCGGGCUUAUAUUCAAGCCCUAGAGAAGUUGCAACUAGAUAUAGCAACUUCUAACGAUUUGAUUGGUGUUGACACCAGAAGUACUAGUCUUUUCUUGAGAGGAAGAGAACCGUUAAAAAACCGGUCUGCUGUUUUUGCUUUGGGAGAGAGGAUAAAUAUUCUCAAGGAAAUUGAUGAGUCCGCCUUGAUUCCACAUAUAGCUGAAGCCAGCUCUAAAAGACAUCCUUAUGAAGUCCUUUUCAGGAGCUUGCACAAGCUGCUUAUGGAUACUGCUGCUUCUGAAUAUCUUUUCUGUGACGAAUUCUUUGGAGAGCAAUCUAUGUUUUAUGAAAUAUUUGCAGGUCCCUUCUCUGUCAUUGAAGAACAUCUGAAUACGAUUCUUCCAAACUGUUUUGAUGCAAUUGGUCUGAUGCUCAUGAUUCGCAUUAUAUACCAGUACCGGCUUAUAAUGUCUCGGAAGCGAAUACCGUGUCUGGAUUCAUACUUGGAUAAGGUCAACAUUUCUUUAUGGCCACGGUUUAAGAUGGUAUUUGACAUGCACCUCAACAGCCUUCGAAAUGCCAAUGUCCGCACUUUGUGGGAAGAUGAUGUACAUCCUCAUUAUGUAAUGAGGCGUUAUGCUGAAUUUACAGCUUCCUUAAUCCAGCUUAAUGUUGAUUAUGGAGAUGGUCAGCUUGAACUCAACUUGGAGAGAUUGCGAAUGGCUGUAGAUGAUUUACUUGUCAAGCUUGCCAAACUAUUCCAGAAACCAAAGUUGCAAACUGUAUUUUUGAUAAAUAACUGCGACAUGACAAUUGCCGUAUUGAAGGAAGCUGGUCCCGAGGGGAGCAAAAUUCAGAUGCACUUUGAAGAGUUGCUGAAAAGCAAUACAUCCAUUUAUGUGGAGGAACUACUGAUGGAACACUUCAGUGAUCUAAUCAAGUUUGUAAAGAUUAGAGCAUCGGAGGACCCAAGUUCUGGUUCGUCAGAGCGGCCGAUUAGUGUGAGUGAAGUAGAGCCAAUAAUAAAGGACUUUGGCAGCAGAUGGAAAGCUGCGAUAGAGCUGAUGCACAAUGAUGUCAUUACUUCAUUUAGUAACUUCUUAUGUGGUAUGGAAAUUCUGAGAGCCGCUUUGACUCAGUUAUUGCUUUACUACACAAGGCUUUCAGAUUGCAUGAAGAGAAUCGCAGGUGGGUCUAGCUUGAACAAGGAUUUGGUUUCCAUAUCUUCGAUAAUGUACGAGAUUAGAAAAUACUCGAGGACCUUUUGAUUUCAUACAUUGUUUCUGAUUGUCUAAUUUUCUGGCUUUGCUUUUUUAACAUGUUCCUGAUUGUUUUUUUUUUAUUGAAGAGAGACCAUAUAUUUCGUGGCGAUAUAUAUGUAUGGAUAUCCCUUUUUUGUUGUGUAAGCAAAUUCUUAUUUUAAAUUUAUGUCCAGACCAUUUCAUUGA